AUGGUCAUCAUCCUCAAUGCUUUGGCUAUCGGAGUUAGCCUCGAUGUUUAUCGUGGACACGUUGCUUGGCAAGUGCUGGAAUAUGUGUUUGUAGUCUUUUAUUCAUUGGAGUUCGUUGUCAAAGUGAAAGUUUACGGAUGUCGUUGGUAUUGGUGCGGACCAGAACGUCUUUGGAAUUGGUUUGAUUGGACGUGCUUGGCCGUCAUGUAUGUGGAUCUCAUUAUCACUACAGUGUUUCUAGCGGAAGGGCGAGUUGAUGCCCAGACGCCCGAGGCCAUUUCAAGUUUGACCAUGAUGAAAGUUUUGCGAUUGGCACGGUUGGCCCGCAUCAUCCGGGCAUUGCGCUUCAAGGCAUUCCAUGAAUUGAAGCUGAUUGUCAUGGGCGUGUUUUCCGGGUUGCGGGUGAUUGGCUGGGCAAUCGUCCUGCUCAUCUUCGUGAUUUAUGCGAUCGGCGUCGUUUUGCGCAACUUUGUGGGAGACGAUCCUGAGCAGGAGGAGUUCAGUUCGGUCCUGGCGGCCAUGUUCACAUGUUUUAGAUGCUUCACGGAUGGAUGCACUGCGCUGGAUGGGACUCCCUUGUCCGAGCGAUUGCGCAAUCAAUAUGGUCCUGCUUUCAUGGUUGCGUACAUUUUUACCAUCAUGCUGAUCACAGUCGGCAUAUUCAACUUGAUCAUGGCAGUCUUUAUAGAGAACGUGAUGAGUUCGCAGUUCAUGCGGAAGCAGAACGAAAUAUCUGAGACUGCCCUUCACAUGGAGCUGAAGAUCAAGGACCACAUCAUUCGCAAGCUGGGCUUGAAAAGGAGAAGCUUCCGUGGUUCAACUGAUUUGAAAACACGAUCGGAAGGAAUGGACUGGGUAUUGCAGGUUGAAGGCCGGAACGUCUCGAGGGAGGAGUUUGCCUCCUGGUUUCAAGAUGCCGACUUCGUCCAUGCGCUGGACGAGGCGAGCAUUGACGCAUCCGGCAGAGUUGGGCUUUUUGAUGUGCUCGAUGCCGACGGAGGUGGAGAACUGAGCGUGGACGAGCUUGUCACCGGUUUGAUGAAUUUGCGCGGGCCAGUAACGAAAGGAGAUGUAAUCGGCAUACAUCUGAAGGUGCGCUAUUUGGUGAGCAUGAUUGAGGGAGCUCAGAGACAGAAAUGA